AUGACAACGAAUUGUAUGGUUUGUGAUGGAUCUGCUGCUCAAUAUCAUUUUGGAGCAAAUGUUUGUAGAGCAUGUGCUGCGUUUUUCAGAAGAUAUGUGAAUACGAAGAAGUUAACUAUUUUGUGUAAUUGCUUAUCGAAAAAAGAAAGUCAAUACCCUUGUAGACUAUGCCGGAUGAAAAAGUGCAUAGCCGUUGGGAUGGAAAGAUCAAAAGUUCAAGGACCAAGAGAUAUGAAUAACCCGCUGAAAAGAAAAAUGAUAGAAGGUUCAUCACCAUCUCCGUCGUCAUCCUCUUCUCCAGACUCUACAAUUUCACAAAUAGAAUUUGGAAUCACAUUACGAAGUGUGGAACUCAUUAAUCUAAUUGCAAAAAACUACAAAAAUCUGGAAAUGACAAGAUCCACUAUAUUUGAUUUGAGUAACCAAAAAAGUACUCUCUGCGUGAAUCUAUAUGAAUUGUCUUUGGAAGUGAAAACGGAUGCAAAGUUGCUAUGGAAACUAUGCGAGACGUCGUUCCCCGAGUUUGACCGCCUUAAUCGAAACGACAAAAAAACUCUAUUCUUCAACUUUUAUGCGAAGUGGAGUAUUUUCGAAGUUGCAAUGUUCUCUGCCAAACGGAAUGAUCCACAUAACUUCUACUCUCCGUCAGGUGCAAUUGCUACUUCAAUUAAUGACUUUUAUGUGAAUACAGUAAGAGAAAAGAGUGUUUUGAGUGAUGAAGAAAUAAUAAGGAUAUUCGAACCAUUUUGGACGUAUCAUUUUCAAAAUGUCAUCAGUCCUGUUGUGAAACUUCGAUUUGGAGAAAUGGAAUAUAUGGCUCUUCUCGGAAUUAUGUUAUGGGAUGCAGGUUAUGCCAAUAUCAGCAAUGAGUUAGCAGAAGUGUGCCAUUCGAUGCGAAAAAUAAUAUUGCGGGAACUGAAUGCUCACUUUGCUGAAAAUGAAAUCUCCUCGAACAGACUUUUUGAGACAUGGGACACUUUAAAUCUUUUGGAGCGCGCCGAGCAUAAAUGUCAAGAAGAGAUCGAACUUUGUGGGGUAUACAACUUUGAAGUAGAUGAAGACAUGAGGAAUAUGAUAAUGUGGGACAAGUAUUAA